AUUAUAAAGAGGGUAGUAAGUCCCACACAACCAUCCGCCGAGUCUUAGAGAGAAGAAGGGCAAAACAAGCAUAGCAGGAAAACCAAGACUCACAAAAAAAGGGGACCAACCAUGCCAUUGUUUGUGGUGAUUGUCAUCAUGACAUUGACUCUGACGAUUGAUGCUAUGGAGACUCCGGUCAAAUCGGUAUCACCGUACGGAAAAUACAUUGUAAAGUAUAGGGGCUUUACAGAAACUCCGAAAAAUUUCAAAUUGGAAGUUGGUUCAGAGCAGCAGUCGCUAACACUCAAACGCAAAAUCGAAUAUGCACUGACAAAAUAUCCGGCAGUGGAAGAAUCCCUGAAGAGCAUUGCUAUAAAAUGCAACUUGGCGUACGUCAAUGACAUCGGCCUUGAGGAAACAUGUCCGACCGAGCUUCAACGGGCCACCCAGGCAUACAUUGAUGGAGAACAAUGCGCCGUGGUGAGGCCUGAAUACCAAUGUGUCACAUUUGCAGUUUGCCAACAGCCAAAGCUGCCUUGUUCCGGGUUAGUAUCUAGCACGUGUUUAUACGACGGGUUCCGUUACUUCCGUGCCUGGGUCUACUGUAACAGUUGUGGUUUCAAGUUAGUCAAGCUGAAGUUGCCCCAGUGCUGUUCCUGUAAAGAAUUCCAAACUUGUCCCGAUCGCUAGAAUUAAUUUUGAUCAAAGUGUCAAUAAAUUCUUGGAAACCGGAA